AUGAAGUUUUUAAUUUAUUUUAUUUUUUGGGGUGUUUACAGUGAGACCAAAGAAUUUAAAUCAAUCUUUAUUGAUAAAAAAAAUAUAUCUGCAAUAAAAUAUUUUUGUACUAGUCAUUUUUGGAAGAAAAAUAUAUUAUCCGGACAAAUUAUUAUAGAUAAUGAAUUAAAAACUGUGAAUUACGAUGAACUAUAUAAACAAUACAACACUAUAUCCACUACAUUAUCUGAUGAUGGUAAUAACUUAGAGAAGGUCGAUAAAUUGAACAGUAUUAAGAUUCAAAUUAUCACGUCUGUGUACAUGGAUUUAAAGUGUAAGUAUUCUGAUUUAAUUAUUAGUACAUUUACUUAUUUGUUGGACUGUGUAAAUGUAUGUUAUAACCUAACUGAAGUUAAUGAAUACAAAGAUGAACAUUCAAAUUUUUCUAAAAAUAGACAGCAAUGUGUUGCAAGUAUUAUUAGAAUUGUCUCUACAUUAAAAAUGUAUAUUGUAAAAAUGAUAAUUGAUUUAAUGCAAUUUAAGAAGAUACAUCCAAACUUAAGAUAUACUGAUGACACUUUAUUAAAAUCCUUAAUUUCCAUAAAUUUAUUUUUAUAUCAUACGAUAACAUAUGUAACAAAAUAUAAACCAGAUGAGUUCUCAAAAGAAAAAGGCGAUAAAAAAUAUGAUAAAUCAGAUACAAACUCCGAAAUUAAUAUAAAAAUAGGACUUGCUCAAAUGAUUAACUUGGUUGAACGAUAUAGCAGUAAACAUUGUUAUAUUCAGAAUGCAUAUAAGUUUUAUGAACAUUUAGAUAGAAACAUUAAAGAUUUAGUUUCAAACAAUAUUAAUGUAUACGAGGAAGUCUACAAUUUUUUAAUAAAUACCACUAUUAAUCACAAUUUAAUAAAUUUUUAUAAGUAUGUAUCAAUAAAUUAUGAAGACGAUAUUACAAUAAGUAUUCCUAUAGAAGAAAAAUAUAAUAUUUAUGAUCUGAACUAUUUAUUGUUCAAAGAUAUUUUAUUCAGCAUCAAUGGAAAAUAUUCAUUUUUUCCUACUCUUCAAGUAAAAUGGCAAGACUUUGAUGAUUGGGAUCAACUAAUAAAUAUUUAUAAUAAAGUUAAAAAUACCGAUGAUAUUAAAAUAAUAUUCGAUUAUCAAAUAUUACUAAUUGAAGUAAUUAAAUAUAUUUAUUAUAUAAAAUUUAUCAAUAUCCAUAUAAAAAAUUAUAAUGGUAAUAAUUCUGAAGAAGUUAAAUUAUUACUUCGAGAGUUUGAUAAAUUCAUUGAUAAAAUAAUACCAAAUAAUUAUCCAACAAACGUAUAUAGUCCCAUUAUAAGAGUAAGAAAUUCAAUUUAUUAUGAUGUUCACCAAGGUAAGCAUAAUAAUGGCAAAGUUUUUUCGGAUAGUACUGUGAUACAAUUAGUUGAAACCCCGGUUAUAAAAUCAUGGGGCGAAUCAAGUGAUAUAGUUGAAAAACUAGAUAAUGUAGAGAUGUCGGAAUUUAUAGAGGAUAUUACAAAACUUCAAUUUUUUGCCCAUUUCAUUCAGAUUUUUGAACUGUUCUCAAAUGAAUCAUAUACUCUAGGAGAUUAUUAUUUAAAUCAUGGGAGUUCCAUUAAAAAAACUGAAUAUACCAGUAAUGGAAUAGUAUGUAAUAAGAGUUUUGAACAACUUCGUUAUAAUUUUGUCUCAUUUCAAGAAUGGCUUGAUAUUAUUCUGCAAAUUAAUGUUGACUUAGUGUUAAAUGUUAUAAAACCAAGUGAUUUACUCAUAAUUGAGAGUAUGCACAAAAAUAUAUUGUGGUUUUAUAAAACGUUUUUAUAUAAUGAUCGACUCAAUCGAAUGUUAUUUCCAUUAGUAAUCAAUUUUGCCAAAUUGGAGAAUGAUAAUGUAACUAUUUAUGUUUAUAUUUUUAAUUUAAGACAAAAUAUGAUUUUAGCUUUAAACUUACUUGAACAUUAUGAAUUAAAUAACUGUUUGUUGUUGAAAUUUAACAGGGAAAUAGUAAGUGAAGUUAAGGGUGCACAUAUCAAUCGUGGCAAGGAAAGCCAACCAUUUUAUUCAUUCUCAUUGAUUGGAUACAAAAAUGAACUAUCGAAGAAUUUAAGUGAGAGAAUAAAAACACAUCAGGUUAAUGAGAACCAAAAAGCAGUUUAUUCAACAAGUGUUAAAGAAUUCAUUCCAGAGACCAAACCUAUUUGUAGUACCAUCGCUAAAGUAUAUGGUAAUGAUGAUAUUAUAAAAUAUGUCAUAUGGGAUGGUUUCAAAACGUCUAUUAAUGAAGUAUAUAACAACAUUUCUAUGAAAUCUAAUACAAUGGUGGAUUAUCAGCAAUUAGUUAGGUUUCAAAUGUUUGAAAUUAAAUGGAUUAUUACAAGAGUUUUUGAACAAUUAUUUGUGAUUAUUUUAAAAAUGAAUGAAAUCGGUUUUCAUAAUGAUGAUCAUAAUUUAAAAACCAUCUUAAAUAGAAUAAGACUAUUUGAAAAUCUUCCUUUCCCAGAACUUAUAAGAUCAUAUAUACAGAUUACUUUAUAUCUAUACUUGAUGGCAUUACAAAACCAAGAUGCACAAAUUAAGCAAGAAUGUAAAGAUAGAAUACGUCAACAACUUAAAAUACUUAGUAUGUCAACAAAAGAGUAUCCUGAAGAAUAUUAUAAAACAAAAAGUACACCAUAUUCAAUACAUACUCUUUCAUAUUUGUUGCAUCAAACCAUUCAAAAUAUAAAGGGUAUUUUGAAAGUCAUUAAUGAUAAUAAUUUAAUCGAAAAAUUACAAGAUAUAUUUUAG